AUGGCCGCGCUUCCUCGACCACAUCGGAGUAUGCUUAGCAAACAACCAGGUCUGCUACCCGGACACCGUGGAGCCCAGCCUUCAGAUGUGUCAUAUGAUAGAAAUGCUAGGGCAACGACAAAUGCAGGCACUCUUAUGGGUAGCCACGCACGUCGUCGAGGACGUAUUGCGGCUGGACCCGAAUUCCGCGAAGAACUUCAAAACGAUAUUGUCAAGAUCCCUGCAAAGCAAAGGGGUCCCGGCAUCCAUUUUGGAAGACGCCAUCAAAUGUCUUCAGGUAUGGCUGGAGCAUGGGUUACUUUUACACAGAAGGCACCUACUCACGAAACCGACGUUGUUGAACUAGUGAAACCCUUACUAGGUAACGUCAUCGAGCUCUUGACGGUUGGUACCGUGUAUGAUGCUUCAGUAGAGCUUCUCAUCGAAGCUCUAUCCAACAAUCCAUCACUCUUCACGCCGGAAACAAAUGAAGUUCUCGAAAUACUGCUCAAGAGUCCAUGGGCAGCGGAAUACUACCAGCGCAUGACGGAUGGCGACUUUACAUUCGAUUCCAUACAAUUUGCCCAGCUUCUACUGGCUUUUGCGGAAGCAAGGAUGCCUCUACUGAUACAGAACUGUCACGCAGAUAGCUCCGAGAUAUUAUCUCACCUCUGCGAUCUUCUUCUCGCUCAAGGUUACCCCGUUGUGGAAGACAGGAUCUUUGUCCCCCUUGUCGAGUUCUGGUCCUCAUUCGCGGAGACGAUACCAGAUCAUUUAUCGGUCGACGACAGUGAAGAAGAGCCAUGGAAAGCCCCUGCCUAUACGCUACUCAUGAAGGCAUGCUCCAACGCAUGGCAAAAGAUUACGUACCCACCAAGUGCAGCAGUAGCAGACUGGGACUCAAACGAUAGAGCAGGCUUUGCCGACUCACGAAACGAUGUUGUUGACCUGCUCCAAUCUGUCUACGCCCUGGUGGGCCCGCAGUUGCUGGGAAGAUUUGCUGCAACCGUGCUUUUAUCGCUGAAGGACGCUGCAUGGUUGCGACUCGAGGCGGCUGUGUAUUGCCUGGGGGGUCUCGCCGACUGCUGCCAGGUCGAUGAUCGUUGUGACAGCUUCUUGGCAUCAGUCUUUCACUCGAAGCUAUUCACAAUCCUUCGAGACGGACGGGCAACAGUACCGACACGAACCCAACAGACGUGUCUCCAACUGAUCGAGCUGUACACUGAAUACUUUGAGAGGAACCCAGCUCUACUGCCGCCAGCGCUCGAGUUGUUAUUUUCUUCGCUCGGAAAUGAAGCAAUGGCGUCUGUAGCGUCGAAAUCGAUACUCAGGCUAUGUUCCUCUUGCAGAGCUCAUCUGCACACAGAUAUUGAUGCUUUUUUGGCCGAGUAUGCGCGGGUUGUCAGCCAGCAGCAACUAGACUGCGUAACCAGCGAGAGAACGAUUGGAGCUUUGUCUUCGGUUGCUCAAGCUAUCGCCAGCCCUCCACAGCGAUACUCGCAAUACGGGCGGAUUCUGGAAUUCAUUGAGAUGGAUUUACGGAAAUGUCAACGUCUCAGCAUGCAGAAAGGCGAUGACAGUGACUUACUCCAACUAGUUUGCUUGGAUACCUCGCCGGAAGAGAAUCCGAGUCUUCACAUGGCACUCAAGGUGCUCAGAUGCCUGGCUGGUAUGGGAAAGGGUGUGCAAACCCCCGCUGAAAACGCUAUCAGUCUUGAGCAUGAGAAGCAGCCUGCCGUGCUUUAUGAUGACGUUUUACCACAACUUCAAAGGCGGAUUGUUACUGUGAUCGUGGAGCUUCAGAAAAUGUUUCCAAACAGUAGCGAGAUCACCGAGCAAAUUUGUCAUGUCCUACGAACCGGAUUCUCAGAAAGCGAGGCAGGCCCUUUUGUCCUUCCCCCCUCAGAGGUCGCCCAAUACCUGACCUCACAUUCGUUUGCUACGCCACGAGUAGGGUUGUUCAUAAGCACUGCGUGCUCAUUCACCAGCUCAGUGCAAGGCAAGAAUAGCCAACAAGGCAUCUUGUCCGCGGUGUUGUCUUGGGUCAUUGGACUUUUGAGACAAUUUCCCUAUGACAACACAGGUGCUGCUGUAGGGGCGUCGCAGAUUGACAUCUCGGCCGAGCCAGAGGUUGCGCAGAACGCCAUGGAGAUUUCUAGCCGAAUACUGACCAAGGACCCGUCUGUCAUUCUUCACAUCCAACCCGCAGAAAUGGCAGAAUUCUUCUUUUUCUUCGCGUUGCAGGCGCUGGAUGGCAACGAGCCUCUGCCUAAGGCAGCAGCAGCAGAGUUCUGGGCAACAUUUGUUAAUGUUAGAAGCAGCGACGAGAGCUUCCAAAACGCAAUGUCGGGUGCUAUGGAUACACUUGGGCCCCUUCUUUGCCAGAGUCUCGCAAGAAAUAUAGGGGGAAACGCUUCUCGAAGCGAGCUAGAUAAGCUCAGUGAGCCUCUGAAGAAACUGGUCAACAGACACCCAAGAGCAAAAGAAUGGCUGGACGCUAGCUUAAAUCAUCCCUCCUUUCCAAGCGCAAAGGUCUCGCAAACCGAGAAAGUAAUGUUCGUGAAGAAAGUGGCAAGUCUACGCGGCGCUCGCGCCACCAAUCAAGUGGUUCGCGACUUUUGGCUCGCAGCUAGAGGAACGAACUUCUCAUAUGCAGCAUGA